UCGCUGCUGCUCCUCAACUACCACCUCCCGUCCUUCACGCGUAACCUGUGGGCGCGCUCGCGACGGCGCGUCUGCGCGGACGGCGGCGCGAACCGCCUGUACGACGAGCUCCCGGCGAUGCACCCGGACGAGGACGCGAUGGAGAUUCGAAACGCGCAUCUCCCGGACCUCAUCGUCGGGGACCUCGAUUCCAUCCGCGACGACGUGCGCGCGUUUUACGUCGACAGAGGGUGCGCGUGCGUGGACCUGUCGCACGACCAGGACAGCACGGACUUACACAAGGCGAUCGCGGCGAUGACGCGCGAAGACGAGGCGGAGGACGCGGCGCAUGUUGGGGACGGUGGUUUAGGAGGAGGGUUAGGGUUGGACUCGGUUAGGGUACCGCGGCGGCGAAACCGCAACCGGCGGAUCUUCGCCGUCGGCGCGUUGGGCGGUCGGCUCGACCACGAGCUGUCGCACAUGUCUGCGCUUCGAGAGUUCGACGUCGGGCCGUCCCCGACGCGGGUCGUGCUCCUGGGGCGCAGCUCCAUGGCGACGUUGAUUCGAGGCGACGGGCGGACGGCGAUUCGCCCGUGCGUCGCGGUCGAGGGGCCCGCGUGCGGCCUCGUCCCGAUGUACGGUCCCGCCGUCGUGUCCACGAGCGGGCUGAAGUGGGACAUGGACGAGACGACGCUCGCGUUCGGGCGAUUCAUCAGCACGUCGAACGAGAUGGGGGAGGAAACCGUUCGCGAGGGUGGGGGGGAGAUCGUCGUGACGACGACCGCGCCGUUGGUGUGGACGACGGACAUC